UUGCAUUGAAAAUGACAAACACAGUCCGAUAUCAGGUAAAGACCAUAAUAAAGUUAUCAAAGAAUCUUGGGAGUUCAGAGGAAGGAUUAAGGGGAAGAAGGGGAAAGUUCCAGGAGGGUAUCACAAACAAUUUGAGCUGGAUCCGGAAGGACAGAUGAGUUUAAGCUGAAAAGUGAAGGACAGUCGUUCCCGGUGGAGAGAACCGAAUGAGCCAAGGCGCGCUGGGACAGAGACCGUUGCCCGGCGCUGCAAGAGCACACAACCUGGGGCAAGGGGAUUAACAUCUCCGGCCCUUGGCUCAGAAACCUGUGGCAAUUACACUAGCCUCGCGCUUGGGAAAACUGGAAAGGUCCGUGCUGCUUUCGCCAAGGCUCCUGCCCGGCCGUUAAGGCAGGAAGCCCUGGGAGGCGCGCGGGAGGGCAGAAACUGCGAACCGCGCGCUCCACGCCUCCAUCCUCAGCUUACCGAAGUAUACACUCCAGCUCCCAGGGAAAGAGCAAAGAAAAAGACCGGAAGGAAAGAAAAAAAAAAAAAAAAACCCUCGGAGGCGGGGAAGUGCGCGGCCUGAGUCCGGCCGGAGUGGCACGCGGGCCUCGUGGCCACAGUGGUUCCGGGGCUACCUGCCGGCGCGCUUCCCGCUGCCUUCCGGCCCCGCGCGGGGAAGCUGAGGCCGCGCUUCCACCUCCCCUCGGCGCAGCCUCGCACCUCCCGCCGCGUCACCCGUUGUUGCUCCCGCUCCUCAACGGCCGCGGGGUUUGGGCCUACCCAGCGGUCGGGCCACCUCCGCCCUCUCCGCCGUGACGAAUCGGCGCCCGGCUGGCAAAUUACCCAAAUUCGGGGAGUUCUGAGAAACGUAUGGGGCCUGAAAAAAUCCUUGAUUGUACUAAGCACCACCGCGUCCCCACUAGAAGACUUACUUUUCUAAAGAGGGUCGGUUGGGGCCUUGAAAGGAAUUAAGAAGAGUGUUGAAAGUGCGAGCGCGGAAGCUCCGGACGCGAGGGGCGGGGCGUGCGCGGGACAAAGGGAAGCGAGGCCGGAGCUGCGGGCGUUUUUUCUGCCCGCGGUGUCUCAGAUUCAUUCUUAAGGAACUGAGAACUUAAUCUUCCAAAAUGUCAAAAAGACCAUCUUAUGCCCCACCUCCCACCCCAGCUCCUGCAACACAAAUGCCCAGCACACCAGGGUUUGUGGGAUACAAUCCAUACAGUCAUCUCGCCUACAACAACUACAGGCUGGGAGGGAACCCGGGCACCAACAGCCGGGUCACGGUAGGAGAAUCAACUAUUACAGCAUCCAGCAAACAACUGGAAUUCACCAGAAAUGCCUUCAGAGCAUCCUCUGGUAUUACGAUUCCAAAACCCCCAAAGCCACCAGAUAAGCCGCUGAUGCCCUACAUGCGGUACAGCAGAAAGGUCUGGGACCAAGUAAAGGCUUCCAACCCUGACCUAAAGUUGUGGGAGAUUGGCAAGAUUAUUGGUGGCAUGUGGCGAGAUCUCACUGAUGAAGAAAAACAAGAAUAUUUAAACGAAUACGAAGCAGAAAAGAUAGAGUACAAUGAAUCUAUGAAGGCCUAUCAUAAUUCCCCCGCGUACCUUGCUUACAUAAAUGCAAAAAGUCGUGCAGAAGCUGCUUUAGAGGAAGAAAGUCGACAGAGACAGUCUCGCAUGGAGAAAGGAGAACCUUACAUGAGCAUUCAGCCUGCUGAAGAUCCAGAUGAUUAUGAUGAUGGCUUUUCAAUGAAGCAUACAGCUACCGCCCGUUUCCAGAGAAACCACCGCCUCAUCAGUGAAAUCCUUAGCGAGAGUGUGGUGCCAGACGUUCGGUCUGUUGUCACAACAGCUAGAAUGCAGGUCCUCAAACGGCAGGUCCAGUCCUUGAUGGUUCAUCAGCGAAAACUAGAAGCUGAACUUCUUCAAAUAGAGGAGCGACACCAAGAAAAGAAGAGGAAAUUCCUGGAAAGCACAGAUUCAUUUAACAAUGAACUUAAAAGGUUGUGUGGUUUGAAAGUAGAAGUGGAUAUGGAAAAAAUUGCAGCUGAAAUUGCACAGGCCGAGGAACAGGCUCGCAAAAGGCAGGAGGAAAGGGAGAAAGAGGCAGCAGAGCAAGCUGAGCGCAGCCAGAGCAGUAUUGUUCCUGAGGAGGAGCCAGCAGCUAAUAAGACCGAAGAAAAGAAAGAAGACGAGAGCAUUCCGAUGGAGACAGAGGAGACACGCCUUGAAGAAACGACGGAAAGCCAGCAGAAUGGUGAAGAAGGCACGUCUACUCCUGAGGACAAGGAGAGCGGGCAGGAGGGGGUGGACAGUCUGGCAGAGGAAGGGACCAGUGAUAGUAACACUGGCUCAGAGAGCAACAGUGCAACCGUGGAGGAAGCACCAACAGACCCCGUACCAGAAGACGGAAAAAAAGAAUAAAUGUUGCCUUGUUUUAUGUGUUCUAAAUACUUUUUUAAAUGAAAAAAUGUUUUUUGAGUUUUAA